ACACCACGGUUAUUUUUUCUUUUUUUUUCAUAGAAACCGCAAUGAGCUUGCUGAGACCCUUGAGCUCCUGAAAGCGCAAAUUGAUCCGGCCCUGUUGAAAACCAGCAGUUCGCAGCAGGAGAAUUCGUCACGCGAAAGCCCAAGCACAGAAGACGAAGACGCCAAAAAGGGGGAUGAAACAUCUGCACAAGAAAAUUCGUUAAAAAUCAAAGAAAAAAAAGAGGAGGUGGAGGAAGAAUCAGUGGAAGCGGAAAGCCUUCCUCUUCCGGUGGUCAAAGAGGAUGAAAAUACGCUGAAAAUUGAGAAAGUGGAAGAAAAAGAAAUUAUAAAGCUGCCAGUAAUAGUCAAAUUAGAGAAACCUUCAGAAUACAGCGAAGAAAAGCCAACUGUCAAAGAAGAAAGCGAUUCCUUUAAGGAGAACGUCAAGCCUGUGAAGGUGGAGGUGAAGGACAACAAAAUAGAAGCAAAAGACUUAAAAGAAGUAAAAAGUUGUACAGACAAGAUAGCAGUGCAUGAGCCGGAGAGGUUAGAAUUUUGUGUUAAUGUCAAAACUCCCCAAGAAAUUGUAGAGAAAUCUGUGGAAGAAAGUGAGAAGCUCAAAAACGACCAGCAGGCCAAAAUACCGCUGAAGAAGCGAGAGAUCAAGCUGACGGACGACUACGACAGCCCCAUCAAGGGGCCCCUGUGUAAGUGUGUGACUCCCACCAAGGAGGUGUUGAAGGAGGAAGGGAAACCGGAGGAAGAAGCUUUUAAGAGAGUCCCCACGAUUACCGCUUUGUGUCCUGAUGGGAAAGUGCUAGUAAACGGGGAGGUUAGCUGUGAGAGAGUGACCCCAAGCGUCAUACACAACAGCAGGUCCGAACACUCCGCUGGCCCGAAGGAAGAGAGCGGCUCGUUGAAGGAGAGGAACGGAAAAAGCGGGGAGAAGGUGUCAGAGGCUGUUAGUAAAAUGAUAAAAACGUGCGAGGUUGAGAAAAAGGUGGGAACUGCGGUGAAGGAAACGGGGGCUGCGGUUUCCGAGGUUUCUAAUCAGAAAGUGCCUUCGAAGGAGGAAUCCGGUCCUGUGGAAAAAGAGCCCCUUGACAGCACGAGCGCCGAAACGGGGGCAGAAGCGUCUGCCAGCGCCGAGGACUGUGCCAAAGCAAUGGAAGAGAAACCGGGCGUGAGAGUCAAAACGGACAGACUCUCGCCACCCAAAGAAUGUUUAGGGAAGCCCCCGAAUCCUUCGGCUCCCACAGAGCUGCCCACGCCUGCGCUGCCUGAUGGAGAGACGUUGAAAAGUGAAGGCGAGUCUGAGGAGAAGCCGGAGUCUCCAAAAGCUGCUGAGGUGCCCCCGCCCUCCUCUUCUCCCAUUACUUUGGAGAAGCCCGUUUUGGAAAAGGAGGGCUCCGACAAUAAAACGCCGCUCCCUGAGGAGAGCAACGUAGCGUCAAAAUCCAGCCCUGAACAGCAAGAGGAAGAGCCGGAAGCCGCCAAAGCAGAGACGGAUAGAUUAGGCGACGCCCACGCCUCUCACCUCGAGGACGCCUCCGAAAGCAAAAAGGAAUCUCCCCCACCUAAAAGCAAAUUUAAAUAUAAGCUGGUUUCUGAAGAAGAAAGCUGCGCAACAGAUAACAAAGAAAUAACGUCUGAAAGACAGAAGGAAGGGAUUAAAUUAACAAUCAGGAUCUCCAGCCGGAAGAGGAAGGCGGAAACGCCACCGGAAGACGUCAGCGCUGGCCGCACAUUAAGGCGAUCUCCGAGAAUAUCCAAGCCGACUCCGAAAGUUGUGGAGACUCGGGAUCAGAAAUCUGACAAAAAACGACCUGAGGAGGAGGAGGAGAAACCUGCAGCAGCGCAAAAACCGGAACGAAAAGAAGAUGCGAAAAAGCAAGAGAAGGAGUCAAACUCGAAGGUGAACAAGAGAAGCAAAGUGCGGUGGACGGGUACGCGAACACGUGGCAGGUGGAAAUACUCAAGUAACGAAGAAAGUGAGGACUCGGAGAGUGAAAAAAACUCUGAGGAGGAGGAAGGAGAGGAAGAAGAGGAGGAAGAAGAAGCUGCACCUGCUGAUGACGAUGAGCCGUGCAAGAAGUGUGGCCUUCCCAAUCACCCUGAGCUGAUUUUGUUGUGCGACUCCUGUGACAGCGGGUACCACACAGCCUGCCUUCGCCCUCCUUUGAUGAUAAUCCCCGACGGAGAGUGGUUCUGCCCGCCUUGCCAGCACAAAUUACUCUGUGAGAAAUUGGAAGAGCAAUUACAAGAUCUGGAUGUUGUCUUGAAGAAGAAGGAGCGUGCAGAACGCAGAAAAGAGCGGCUGGUGUACGUGGGUAUCAGCAUUGAGAACAUCAUUCCACCCCAGGAGCCAGAAAUACCCGAAGGUCAUGAAGAAAAGAAGAAAGAUUCCAAAAAGCCAAAAUCGAAGCUGCUUGAAAGGAGGUCUACCAGAACCCGGAAGUGCAUAAGCUACAGGUUUGACGAGUUUGAUGAGGCGAUUGAUGAGGCGAUUGAAGACGAUAUCAAGGAGGCUGACGGAGGAGGCAUUGGCAGAGGCAAAGACAUGUCUAAUAUCACGGGUCACCGUGGAAAAGACAUUUCCACAAUCCUAGAGGAAGAAAGGAAGGAAAACAAGCGACCGCAAAGGGCCGCUGCAGCACGACGCAAGAAACGACGGCGACUGAAUGACUUGGACAGUGACAGUAACCUGGACGAGGAAGAGAGUGAGGAUGAAUUCAAGAUCAGUGACGGAUCUCAGGACGAGUUUGUUAUAUCGGAGGAAAAUCCAGAUGAGAGCGAAGACGACCCACCAUCGAACGAAGACAGUGAUUCCGAGUUCUGUGCCCGCAUAUCCAGGCGACACCUCUCCAGGCCCAUGAGGCAAAGCAGGCGGUUACGAAGGAAAACGGUCAAGAAAAAAUACUCUGAAGAUGACGAAGACGAAGAUUCCGAGGACAAUUCAAGCAGAGAAUCUG